AUGUGGGCACAGUUACUGUAUGUCCUGUGUCAUCUGGUUAUUAAGAUAAAACCAGAUGAAACCAAGAGCGAGGAGAUUGAGAGAAUUAUAGCCAAGGGCAUGAACAAGAAUUUUCUUCAUUCGCGUCAAUCAAAUCCAUAUAAGGGAAGAGCUGAAGAGAUUUGCAUCUGCGACUUUCUCUCUUCUGACCCAAUCCCAGUAGACAGGGUUGCAGCAUGUGAUUUCAUAGUGAAUUUGUCAGGGGGAAAAGAGGACCUUCUGCUGAGAGCGAAACUUUCUUUUGUGGAAAUCUUUACGGCACGCCAGCAUCUUAAAAGGAUUUGCAUGCAUUACUUCACUCGCCUUGCGUUAGCCUCGUGUUGUGAGCAACCUCUGCGCCUGGGGGCAGCCGGAGGGACCCCCGCAGGGUUCCGGGGGACAGCCGAGCCCCGGGCGGCGGGUUCCCCCCGGCACACACAGGUGCGAGAGCGCACUCUCCGCGGUAACGGGCUCUGGUGUCUACUUCAGAUGGCUGAGAAAACCACCAGAGGCCCCCAGGAUGUCCCCGGCUCGUCUCCUGAUGAAAAUGAAUUUCCUUUCGGAUAUCCCACUAGCAUUUGUGAGGAUGUGCCUGAUCAGAAGUACCUGUGCAGCAACUGCAAUAACGUUCUGAAGAAAGCCCUGCAAACGCUCUGUGGGCAUAGGUACUGCUCAGCCUGCCUCUCCUGGGUCGUACGAAACAAUAAAAAUGCCAUUUGCCAGAAAUGUAAAGAGGAAGAUCCCAGCAUUUUAAGUGGGGGAAGCCUAUUGGCAGAAGAAAGGGCUUUUGGUGAUGCUGCCAUUAAUAAAGAGAUUUCUGAACUCAAAGUACACUGUGUGACCCUUGGAUGCAGUUGGUCUGGUAUCAUGAAAAAUUUUGAAGAGCAUCAGAGUUUAUGUGAAUAUGCUUUAAUCCCUUGUCACACUGGUUGUGGACACAUGGUGAUGAGAAAGAAACUUGCAGAUCAUUUGGAAAAUGGAUGUGUUAAUAAUGUGACAAUGUGUCAGAAGUGUAAGCGGAGCUUAUCCAGUAGUGAAUACCAAAACCUCUCUACACCCUUAAUCAACAAGGACGGAUGUCGUUUUUCUGAAGUCGGCUGUUCGUUUAGGGGAAGCAAAGAGAAGAUAAAGGAGCAUGAGAAAACUGCAGUUGGGGCCCACAUGCUGCUUCUGCUGCAGCACAUAAAGCAACUGAAGGCAAGCUUGAGUGCUGCUGCCAAAGCUGCAAACGGUUUCAUCCCACAGUCAGAGCUGAAUGUGAAUGGCGCAGGAAAAAGCAUCUCUGAUCUGCAGAUCCCGGGGGGGCUGGAAAGCAAUGGGGAUCUGGAAGUAGACUGUUUUCCUGGAUCUUCUGUUUCUGAAGAUGAAUCUGUUCUGCAACAACUUGUGAGGGAGAAAGUGAUUUCUGAGCUAGAAAAUAAGCUGCACGUAUUUGAGAAUAUCGUGGCAGUGCUCAAUAAAGAGGUGGAGACCUCUAAUUUGGAAAUCACAGCCUUUCGGAGACAGAGUGAACUCGAUCAAAAUAUAAUACGAGGCCUGGAACUGAAGGUUGCAGAGUUGCACCGGUGCCUGACGCAGAAGGAUGCAGGCCUGAGCAGUCUUCAUAAGAGUCUUCUGUUCUCUGAGCAAGCUUCCUACGAUGGGGUCUUUCUGUGGAAAAUAACGGAUGUUGGCAGGAAGUUACAAGACUCUGUGACUGGAAGAACAGUCAGUUUGUAUUCACCAGCUUUCUACACUGCGAAGUAUGGCUACAAGGUCUGUCUGAGGGUUUAUCUGAAUGGGGAUGGGACAGGAAAGGGAACCCACGUGUCCCUGUUCUUUGUUGUCAUGAAAGGAGACUACGAUGCUCUGCUCCCGUGGCCUUUCAGGCACAAGGUUACGUUUAUGUUGCUUGACCAAAAUAACAGGGAACAUAUUAUUGAUGCAUUUCGCCCAGACUUGACUUCUGCUUCAUUUCAGAGACCAGUGAAUGACAUGAAUGUUGCGAGUGGCUGUCCCAUGUUCCUCCCUCUGUCCAAAUUACAGUCACCUAAAUAUGCCUAUGUGAAAGAAGACACGCUUUUCCUUAAAUGUAUUAUAGAAACAAAUUAG